AUGGUCUUCCGCGCGCGCCGCCAUAAUAGCAUGCCACGUACUCUAUGUGAGCACUUCAUCGAGGAGCAAGUCGUGACCUUCUUCCGCACGUACUUCCCCAUGGGCGGACCGAACUUCGCAUACGGUCCUGUGAUGGAGAGGGCUACGCGAUUCGUCAUGUAUAUUGAUCUACUGAGAGACGAUGUCGACUUCCGCGCCGCCUUCUUCGCCAUGUUCCAGAAGCAACCCACCACAGACUCCCUGGCUGCUGCUGUCUUCCUAGACCGCGAACUCGCCAACCUCCUCAAAGUGCUAUUAGAAGCCCACUGGUCCGGCAACGGCCAGGUCGCUGCUUCUCGCGCCUACAAGCUCGGCUUCUACGCGCGCGACCCAGGCAUGGUCGAUCAACUGAUCUGGGGCCUGACACACCAAGACGACGCUCACCCAGAGGUGCACGGCGAUCUUUACAACGACCACUUCUUCGUUGCCGUCUUGCUAAUCCGCCACUUCAAGUACCACGGCGGUCUGGUACUGCCACCUCUUCAAGCGGCUCGCAUCAAGCAGGCUGUCCAUGAGACGCUGGUUGCUAGCGAGAAAGCGUUGAACCACUCGACUGAGACACUGUUUAUGCACUACCCCAACUGGCGUGACAGUCAAGAUCUUAUGCGUCCGCCAGGACUUGGCAGUCCGGCGAGGGCUCUGGCCACUGUUCCUACGUUGACUUCCAACUUCUCUGCCGGCCGGCCGCUGAAUGACCGAUUGCCUCUUGCUGGACCGAACCCGUUCGGCGCGAUUGGCGAUUGCUGCCCACGUCGCUGA